AUGCCUAGUGGCGAAGUGCCAGAGUCUAAGGAUGCCAUUGUCACGGAGUUCCGUGGAAAGGUGGUGCAACCCGGAGAGGCGGGUUUGAUGGAGGUACAUAGGCGCAGGGUGAUUUCGAGGAGGUUCAAGCUUUGCCGGUGUAUCACGUUGUGUCAGUCGGCUGGCCGGGCUAGGAUAAUUGGGUCGGUCGGGUCAGGUUUAACUAAUACUGCUAUUAGUUUACUUGCGGCUACUGUUAGCUGCAGCAGCUAAAGCUACUAGUGUUAGUCAUCCACCAACUGAAUGCCGCACUGCUGUGGAAGUCAUUAUCUGCAUAUGGGUGCAGGCGGCUAAAGUGACUGCUGUUAGUCGUCUGCCAUUCGAGUGCCGCACUGCUGCAGAAGUCCAUGUCUGCAUAUGGGCGUGUUGCGGCUACUGUUAGCUGCAGGCGGCUAAAGUGACUACUGUCAGUCGUCCGCCACCUUAAUGCCUCACCGCUGUGGAAAUCCAUACCCGCGUAUGGGCGGGGGUUUUACCUAUGUAAAGCUGAGACCUGCAUCCCUGUUUUGCCUGACCGAGCAAGAGUAGUUCCUGUGAACUAUGGCUGCUGGAUACCACGCCGCCCAGUUGUACUGGGGACUUAUUGGCACGAGGCCCAAGUGGAGUCUCUGAUGACUAUUUAUUCAAGACACUUGUCUCAAUCGGUAUCUUUCAACGCCCCCAUUAUAUGGUUGUGUCGUCUGAACUAUACAACACCAGCUUAUCAGCCAGCUUUGGUCCAACCUCGUCAAUGCCGCUGCCAGGCCGGUGGCAAACUACAUAACAGCUCACAUCAUCAGUUUUUUUACUACUUUUUUCGCCACCUUUAAACCUACCGUUACGGCUUGGCUCUACUGCUUUUUCCGCUCUUAUUUUACUUUUGGCGGCUAGGUAGGUUUCCACGGUCGUCAUCACAACAUCAUCACGAGGACUGCUUCUUCACAACCGCUGACUGGUUGUGACUGCUUCCUCUUUUCACAUGACAUGGGGAGGUGGUUCUGGACAGCACCCAUCUGGGCCACUACGGCCGCUUCACCAACCACUCUUGUAGCCCCUCCCGCUACAUGAAGGUGCUGAAGUUCGAGGGGGGUGAAUGCGGCUUGUGUUUUGUGUCCAUACAGACAUCUGUGCUGGUCAGGAACUUACAGGAACUUACAUUCGACCACUGCUUCAAGGAGGAGGACCAUCCCGAGGCCAAGGUGCCGUGUCGCUGUGGAGCACCUAACUGCUGGGGAACACUAAACUGAUAAAUUGAUUAUUGUACUGCGGAAAAUGACUGAGAUGACUCAUUUGUGGUGACAGAAGUAGUGAAUUGAGGAUCACCGAUGGCUGACGGAGGUCUGGCACCAGGGGGGCAGAUAGGAUGUAUCGGUGGAUGAUAUUCGAGGGAAUAUUGUAAAGGCUGUGGCAUACU